CAGUUCCGGUGUCGUUGGCAACACUGGUAUUUUUCGUAUAAGUGGGCCGUAGGUCUCCCGUCUCACAUGUAUUUAAUUUAAGUGCUGUUUUACCAAUUCAGCUGGUGAGAACCCCGAAAUUGUCGGUUUUGGUGAGACAUUUAGCUUGGUAAUUUUUUUUGUCCAGUACUACCAUGGCUGAUCAGGCAGCUUUAUUAGCACUGGUAAUAUUAUUUGGAGGUAUCAGCAUACAUUUUUCCUUGCAUAAGGUAGAAGAAGGACACUUAGCAGUAUAUUAUCGCGGUGGAGCACUUCUUCCUAUAACCAGCGAACCUGGAUUCCACAUGAUGUUUCCUCUUCUUACAACAUUUAAAUCAAUUCAGACUACAUUACAAACAGAUGAGGUUACAAAUGUUCCUUGUGGUACUAGUGGGGGAGUUCUAAUCUAUUUUGAAAGGAUUGAAAUAGUCAAUAAGCUGAAUCCUUCUAGUGUUUUAGAUAUUGUUCGCAACUAUACUGCAGAUUAUGAUAAGACACUAAUUUUUAAUAAAAUUCAUCAUGAGUUAAAUCAGUUCUGCAGCUCACAUACAUUGCAUGAGGUUUAUAUUGAUCUGUUUGAUCAGAUAGAUGAAAAUUUAAGAACGGCUCUACAAAAAGAUCUGAUUGAAAUGGCCCCUGGAUUAACAGUACAAGCUGUAAGAGUUACAAAGCCAAAGAUACCGGAUGUUAUCCGCUUUAAUUAUGAGCUUGUAGAGGCAGAGAAAUCUAAACUUCUUAUUGCAGAGCAACACCAAAAGGUUGUCGAGAAAGAAGCCGAAACAGCCCGUCGUAAAGCCGUAAUUGAAGCAGAGAAAGGUGCUCAGGUUUCUAAAAUUCAGUAUGAGCAGAAGAUUCUGGAAAAGGAAUCACGUCGAACAAUGGAGCUAAUAGAAAAUAGUAUUCAUAAAGAUAAGGAACAAAUCAAGGCCGACGCGGAAUACUAUACUGUGAAAAAGCAAGCUGAAGCAAAUCAGCUCCUUUUGACCAAAGAGUACUUGGAACUGAAGAAAUUGGAAGCAGUAGCUUUGAAUACAAAAGUAUACUUUGGUGCGGAUAUACCUAGUAUGUUCAUGCAAACUAAUAGUGAACCUAAAGCCGCUAUGCCAUAAGUUCAGUGUCAUUCAAGUAUUUUAAUUAAGAAAAGUUUCUAAAUAAGACUGUUUGUUAUUAAGAGACCUGAUUCUUGUCUCUGGACUCACAAUAGCACUCAACUGGUUCCAUGACAGUAAAGACUGCCUAACAGUGUGAUGUUAAUUAUUAAAUAAUUGUUUAAAUGUGUAAUUUUUCCGCAUUGCUUUUACAUAAAUUCUUCGAACACUGUACAUAUUAUUCUGUUUAACAUAAAGAUAGAGUUAGAUUUUAAGUUAUGUUUUUACACAAUUUACUCUCUCUGUGUAAGCAAUGCUAUUUAUUAUCUGUAUUGUAUUGUACUAUAAUAGCUUUUUUGUAUAAUUUUGCACAUAAUAUUAAUUCAAAUAUUUUAUUACAAUUGACUGAAUUCUAGUCGCAACGUUAAUGUUUAAAAUAAUUUUUGGAAUAAAUUUUUGAGUAAA